AUGACGUUUGUAUCCAUUGUCAACUCAUUUGGUAGGAUGAGUCUGCCACCCAUCUUUGGCACUCCCACCGCCAAUGUAUCAGCAUUUAAUGCAUCAUCUUUCCCUACUACCAUCAGACCAGAAGAUGGAGCGGGCGAGAGCAGCAGUCCGAACAUUCCAUUCUCUGCCGGUGGCAUGAUGGACACCAUUCUCACAACCACUGGUCAUGUAUCGCCUCUGGCGCAACUCGUCGUCUUCUUUUAUAAGCUCCUAGGCACGCAAUUUGGCCUGGAUCCGUCCAUGGUGCUGGCCAUUUUGGGAUUCAUAUGGGGCGCAUUAAAGAUCGGAUCGCAGAUUCACGAUUACACCCAGAGAUUUAUUGACGAUUAUCUCAUGUGCGCCAUGUACAUUUCCGAGGAUGACCACAUAUAUUUGCAUCUGAUGAAGUGGUUAUCUCACCACCCCAGCAUCAGAAACAACCAAUACCUCAUGGCCCAGACAGUCUGGAAGAGCGCCUGGGAGGAAGAAGAAGAGCUGGAAGAUGCCUUGUUCUGGACAGAUGGUGGCGAAGUUGGUGGUGGCAAUAGGAUGUACCUGAAUUUCGCCAACCAAGCAGCCAGAUCGAGUCCCAGGUUUGUGCCCGCUAUGGGUUCGACAGCAUUUUGGCACAAGGGGACGUAUUUUCGAGUUCACCGAAAAAAGGAAUCGUUUGUCAACACUCAUUCGUGGGGAGGCCCAAUGAAAGACCUAGAAGAGAUUAAAGUUUCUUGCUUUGGUCGUUCCAUCGAUCCAAUCAAAGAGUUGCUCGCGGACGCCAAAGCUCUUUAUUAUAAUGACACGCGCCAAAAGACGACUAUCUAUCGUCCCAGAGUUAAGGAGCAACGAAGGGACCAUAACAUGUGGCAGCAACAUGAUAUUCUGGCCGACGUCAACGAAUAUCUGCACCCCUGGACGCCGCGGUGGUAUGCAUCUCGUGGUAUUCCGUUGAGGCGGGGAUAUCUUUUCCACGGGCCACCAGGCACCGGAAAGACGAGCUUCUCCUUUGCGCUGGCGGGCGUGUUUGGCAUCGACAUUUAUGUGAUUAGCCUGCAGGACGCGGGCGUAAACGAAGAAGAUCUAGCGACAUUGUUCACCAAACUGCCAAGAAGGUGCAUUGUUCUUCUGGAGGACAUUGAUACCGCAGGGCUAAAGCGAGAUCUUAGCUCUGAGAGUGACAACAAGACGGAGGACAAGAAGAGUGAAGAAAAAGGCAAGAGAGACAAGAAAAAGAAGCACAAGAGUACGUCUGAUACCAGUGACGGCGAAUCGGAGAGCGAGGUUGAAGUGAAGCCAAAGAAGAGAGCUUCCAGAAAGAGGGAUGCCGGCAAGAAGAACCCCGUACCUGUGGACGGCAUAUCUCUGUCUGGUCUCCUCAAUGCCAUCGAUGGCGUUGCAUCUCACGAAGGCCGUGUCUUGAUUAUGACAACCAAUAAGCCCGAGGCUCUGGACGAGGCCUUGAUUCGUCCCGGUAGAGUCGACGUUCAGGUAAAAUUCAGCAAUGCUAGUAGCGUUCAAGCUGGAGAAUUAUUCCAUCGGAUGUACGAGGCAUCCCGUCAUAACGAGACAAGCAAGACGGCCAUUGCGGAGGGGCAGGCAGACAAGUCGAACGAACAACCAGUGGCGAAAGACGAUAACGAAGAGCUGGAGGGAAUCACAGCAGAGGAGAUGAAGACGAUCUCUGAAGAAUUUGGACGCCGGAUCCCAGAGGGUGUUUUCUCACCCGCCGAAAUCCAGGGGUUCCUGCUCAAGCGCAAAAAGGUUCCGCGCCGAGCACUAGAUGAAGUAUCAGACUGGGUCGAAGCGACGAUGCGACAGAAGGAGGCGAAUUCCAAAGUCUCAACUGUGCAGUGA